AUGCUAAGACAUCCUAACCACCGUACUUCAACAUCACCACCAAGCCGGAAGACACGCUCAUUUCCAACGGAAAAAGAGCAGCUUAGUGUCAGUCCGACUAAAGCCGAGAUCACGAGAACAGUUACAAAAGCCAAAGCGCUCGCUACUGCAGCCGAGGCUGUGUUGCUGCUUCUCAAAGAUCCUACCAUCAAACAUUCAGAUGAUAUUGAUGAAAAGACUGUACGAUCCGCGGCAUCUCUUGUCUUUCAAAUGAAGGCAGUGGUAGCCAAGAUCGAAGACUUCGAUUUAUACAUCUACAACAAGUUCCAAAAGCCCGAACUAAAAGAUUCACCGGAUAGAGAAACUCUCUUCCGAGACGUUACGAACACGCUCCUUGGAAGCGGAGCAGACAGUUCUCAAAAGAAACUUGCUGCUCAAAUUGCUGAAAUGGAGUCAGUUCUAAUGGGCUAUGGACAAACGCUGAGCAGUUUCCAACCAAGCAACCAGCCCCAAGAUCCGCAAGUAAGCGAUCCGCGGGAUGAGAUGGAGAACUACAUCAACGAGCCGCACCUCAGUCAGAAGACUAUUAACUUGGUCGACGAGAUGCCAUGCUCUAUCGAGUCUCCAGCUAGCUCGCGUACGAUAACCUCUUCUCAAAGCCGAGACUUAUCAAUGAUGUUUUCCGACAGUGCGUUCCCAAAUCGCACCAAGGAACUUCAGCAAAGUCUGAUAGCAGAGAACCGCGGGUUGCAAGAGGAAAAUGCGAAGCACUUUCAUGCUCAAUACGAAGAAAGUCAGAGACGACUUGCUCUUGAAAUGAAGGAUCAAACAUUUCCUCUAAGAGAAAAUGUCCAGGAAACACCGUUCUUUCGUUCAGCAAAUCAGAUCAAUAAUCUGAAUAUUGAGCCAGAAACAGCUGAAACACCAAACGCUACAAAUCGUCUUGAUAUGAACGAUCUAAUGAAUGCUUUCCUAAGUAUAUCUCAAAAUCAGCGUAUUGGUGCACACAUCCAUGAAAGAGAUGAGUCUGUCAGGUCCCGAGCAACUAGCAGAAGAACCCAGGCCAGAAGGUCAGCCCGUUCUGAGUCGAGCUACGUGCGGAGAUACGAACGCGAUGAAUCUUCCGAAUCGGAAGACGAAUCUAACCAUCCGGUACCAUUUCGUACCGCGACGAUCCGCCGCAACAGAUCUCUCAGCCCAGAGCCAACGCCUCGUAAAAAUGGUCUGAAAAUCGAAACAAGACUAAAAUUUCUGCAAAAGUUCGACGGAACCAAUGACUUAGAUCUUUUCCAAACACUCUUCACCAAAUUUAUCCUAAACGACGAUGAACUGAGUCCAGAAGAAAAACGCGCUGUGCUGAUGAACCACAUCACUGGUCCAGCUACAAUUUGUGUCUCGCACGCCAAAGACUCUAAGACUGCCAUUGCGGUAACAUUCAUAUCAUUGAAUAAAGUCUACGGAAAAGCGAAUAGCAAACAUAAUCUGCUCAAAAAGCUCGAAAGUUUACCAUUCCAUCAAACUGAUCCUGAAACAAUGCGUCAAGAUGCGGUCUCCUUAACAAACGUCUUACAACAACUGAAAGACAGAGGACUACCCGCGGAUGAUCACAUGACUAUGUGGGCGAUCGCUUGCAAACUCCCUGAGAAAAUGCAAAAGAGCUUAGCCAAAUACACUGUCAAAAUCGGUGGGGCAUUAACCCACGACCUGAUUCUUGACAGAAUCAGUCGAGACAUCGAAACGAUGGCAUUGGAACAAACCUAUAUCAGUCAACGCAAUUCCGAAGCAAAUGAGCUAUCGGAAUCAUACGUUACUACGAACUUGUCAAAUGUAAACUCGAGCAAGCACAGAACUCCCGCUCAGUUCAAUCAAAAUAAUCCGCGGGAAAGAGAACGCAAACUGGUAUAUGAUCCUGCACAAUUCCCAUUCGAAUACGUCGAUCCGGUCACGAAAAGUAAACUAGAAGGUUACUAUACUCCUGGAUCGAAGGGCGUGAAUCUCAAAAUCAUCAGCCGCACUUUCCCCCUUUCUGAAAAGGAACCAAGGCCGUGCAACGUGUGCCAAGGAGAUCACAAUGAGAUCCGCUGCACCCUCAAAAGCCACGAAUUCAGAGAGAUGUGCAAAAGGAAAGGACUAUGUCCAAUCUGUGCCAGGAAACAUGAUAUCACAGUUUGCGUUUAUCCAUACCGCUGUGGAUACUGUAAUGGAUUGCACCACUUGGGUGGUUGCCCACAGAAAGAGUUCUACAGAGACAAAAGGAACUAUCCAAAAGGAGCUCAGCCAGUGGCAACGCUUUAUCGUGCCAACAAGACUAACCAAUUGAAGUAA